CGGUUCCACAAUCUAGUGAAGCAAUGCGCAAAACUCUGGAAGAUUCACCACCAAAGCAGGCUUUACGGAAUUCUUCUGAUUUAAAUACAGGAAAUAAGCCUUGCCUGAAAGAGGAGAAACACACAGUCGAUUAUUUUGCUGAUCAUGUGACUGACUACUCUCCAACCGAACAUGACUGUGGAUCUGAGGAAAUGAAUGGCAAAGACAGUACUGAAAGUGAUACUAAGAUUCAUAAGAACACACAAAUUAGAAAGUGCCAAUCUGUGGGAAACGGAUUAAAUUGGGAAGAGCAAACCUCGGCUGCUGAUGGCUCAGAGGAAGAAACAGAGCAGAAAAUUUCAUUUGAUGGAUCUGGAGAUCAUAGUAGGACAGAGUUGCCAGAAAGCAGUGAUAAUAAUGGACCCAGCCUCUCAGAUCAAUAUCCAGAUCCGUUGCUAUCUGAUUCUGUUCAAGUUGGUUCUGAUGCUAAACAUAUGUCUAUAUAUUCAACUGGAGAUGGAGAACAACUUCUAGAAGAAGGUAACGGGAAAUAUGAUAAUGCUGUAUCAGGUGAGCAUGGUUCUGAUGAUGUUACACCACACAGUGGACACUUUAUAGUAAAAUCACGUUCUUUACCUAGGUUGGGUUCCCCCAAGCAAUACUCUCCAUCCUCUAUAGUGCGCCCUAGAUCUGCUGAGGAUUUGAUUACUCUAGAUUAUAGGAAGAAAGGGAUGGAUGGAGUUGGAAGGCAAGUGCCAUAUCAAGAAAGACAUGAUGCAGUGCAUAAUGAUGACAAUAUAGGUGAAAAUCCUGCUGAUGAAACAGAUGAGAAUUAUAAUUAUGAAGGUUCAGCAAAAGACUGGAUAAUACCUAAUGUGCAGAAAGAUGCAAAAGGAGACACUUCUUUUGAUAAUUGGGACAAAUUACCCGCUAAGGACUUCCAGAUAAAGCGAAUUGAGAAUUGGGUCAUCAACGUUCAGCACUGUGGCCCACCAGAAGAAUCUAAUGAGUCUGAUCCAAGCUAUGAUCAAGAGACACCCAAAGCCAAUCCCUUAUUGGAGGAUCCCACCACUUCAAAGGUGGAAGUCAAGGUCAACCCUGGAAUGGAAGCAGCAAAAAGAUACAUCUCUUCUAUGAACGUGUCAUCUACAUCAGCUCAGCUGAGUAACCUUGGGUUACAAGUGAUCCCCUUUCUGAGUGCUUUUGGGAGCCUCAAAACCCUUAAUCUGUCUGGAAAUGCUAUAGUAAGGAUAGCUGCUGGUACUCUUCCUCGAGGACUCCAUGUUCUGAAUCUCUCAAAAAACAGUAUCUCCACCAUUGAAGGAUUGCGGGAUCUUACACGACUCCGUGUGCUUGAUCUGAGCUAUAAUCGCAUUUUAAGAAUCGGGCAUGGCCUCGGAGCUUGUUCCUCCAUCAAGGAGUUAUAUUUAGCUGGCAACAAGAUCAGUGAGGUCGAAGGUCUUCACCGCCUCCUCAAACUGAACGUUCUCGAUCUGCGUUUCAACAAAAUCUCCACAACCAAAUGUCUUGGUCAGCUCGCGGCUAAUUACAACUCCCUGCACGCCCUCAGCCUGGAAGGGAACCCAGCUCAGAAGAAUGUAGGCGACGAACAACUAAAAAAGCAUGUGCUGAGCCUUCUUCCCAACCUCACAUACUACAACAGACAAUCCAUCAAAGUCGGGACGACAAAGGACGCAGCAGACCGGUCAGCCCGAUUGAGCUCCCACCAAAUCGACCGUGGCCACCGGCUGGAAUCCAAGACUGCGAGGAAGGGCAUGGCUUCUCAGAAGGGAGCAUCUACUUCAAGCCAUAGCCGGAAAGUUCAAGCUGGGGUCUCACCGAAGCCAACAAGGAGCCGUCACAUGCGCCUGCCUCCGAGUGGGAUGAAGACAGCGGGCAUGGGGCAUCAGCUCGACUUUAGCAGCAAGGUGCCGAGCUUGAGGAGUGAUUUCUCCUUUCCCCGGAGCCGGAGCGAGGGAAAUCUUGGAGUGCUUUAAAAUUAAAAAAAUAUCGUUUGAAUAAGGCAUCUUCGAGUGAUGCUGUGUGUGCGAGUGCGUGAUCUCUCUCAGUUAUUUGCUGUGCGACUUUGAUUUUUGAUUUUGUUUAUGUUUAAAACUAUCGGUUAACUGUUUGAUUGAACACAGAUCAGCGCUCAAUGUAUUCGUUCUCUUUUUUUCCUCUCUAAAA